AUGCUGAAAUAUUUGGCGGCUACGGCCAAAGUAGCCCCUGCGGGUAGAAAGGGCCCACUUGUUGUUAUUGGAAAUGAAUCUGGUGAUAUGGACUCAAUUUGCAGCGCAGUUGUGGGCGCCUAUUUGUACAAUUGUGCCUUCAAUCGCACAACUGUGCCUUUAUUCAAUAUCCCCCGGUCUGACUUUCGCUUGAGAUCAGAUAUCCAGUGGCUUUUUGACUCAGUUGGUAUUGAUACUAAUGGAAUUCUUUUCAAAGAAGACGUUAACUUCACGUCAGAUACUCCUCUGUUUCUGGUUGAUCAUAAUUUUCCCAUUGUCAAGGGGAGUGUUGAAGCCGUUGUUGACCACCACGACAUUGAGGGCUUACAAUCCGAAAACGCAGAUCCCUAUAUUCGAGAAAAGUCUGGUAGUUGCAUGAGCCUGAUCAUUGAUUACUUUUGUCGCCACGUUCCCGAAACUGUUUUCACUGAUGAAGUGCUCGUCAAGCUAGCGUUGGCGCCUAUUUUACUCGAUACUCAAAAUCUUACGCAAAAAGUGGAACCUGUAGACACUGCAAUUGCGUCAUUCUUACAGAAUAAGGCCCCCAAACUCGGAUCAGGAGAGCUGUUCACCACGGCAAGGCAGAUGAAGAAAAGUACUAAGGGGUUUACCGCAUUAGAGCUUCUCAAAAAGGACUAUAAACAAUGGGGGGCUUUGGGUAUUAGUUCGCUACCUGUAACGUUCGAAAAACUUUUGACCGAAUUCCCUGAUCUCCCCGCUGCCAUGAAGCAAUGGAAAGCUGAACGUAACCUUGAUGUCUGCGUUGCCAUGACCAAUGGUAAGGUUAAAGGCACGUGGAAACGUCAAUUGGCAAUUGUAAAGCCUCCUUUUGAUGUCGUUGAGAGCUUCCCCGCACUUGAAUUUGUCUUUAAGCAGGAGACUGACGGGGUAUUGUUCUUCAACCAAAAGAACCUAUCAGCCAGCCGGAAGCAGGUUGCUCCAGCAUUUAGAGAGUUUUUGAAAAUCUAG